GUCACGGGAUAGACAGCCGCCCUGCCAUGGCCAUUUUUGAAUUGCUUGACUACAUUGUGAACGAGCCACCUCCAAAACUGCCCAACGGGGUUUUCACCCAAGAAUUCCAGGAGUUUGUAAAUAAAUGCUUAAUUAAAAACCCUGCUGAACGGGCAGAUCUAAAGAUGCUGAUGAAUCACGCCUUCAUCAAGCGUGCCGAGGUGGAAGAGGUGGAUUUUGCCGGCUGGCUAUGCAAGACGCUGCGGUUGAAGCAGCCCAGCACUCCCACCCGCACGGCCAUGUGA